AUGGAAGCACUGCUAGGUCUAGGUGGCGUUGGUGGCGUUGGUGGCGUUGCUGGAGGCUGCGGAUGCCAAUGCGACCACUGCAAAUGUCGCCAGCCCGAUGAAACUCCCUGUCCAAGUUGUCGUCCAAUGAUCUCAGCUACAAAGCCAGCAGGAGCAUCAGCAGCCUCUACUGCAGGUGUUCAAACCUCAAAAUCGUCCGAUAUGGCAGCAGCGGUAGAUCUGCUAAACGUGGCGUUGAAAAAGAUUCGACGAAGAGGAAGUCUGGCCGGCACGCGGAAUGAGAAUUUUUUUCAUCCUGGAGAGGUGUUGUGGGGUAAUGGCACGCCUGCUGGACGAAUGGGUCAUGGACACGGCUUCACUGGAGGCAGCAAUCCUUCAUUGUUUUAA